GGGGGAGCGGCAGCGCGGCCCUGGGGCUGCCCGCGGGGGAAGCGGCGGCGGCGCCGCGCUUCUUCCAAUGCGAUGACUCAGCAGCUACAGGAUGAAUUUGACAGUAGCGUGGAGAAUGCAGAAGCUUGGAUGAAAGCCAUCCAAGAGAGACUGAGGAUCAAUGACAACACCAAAGGACCUCGGUCUGCCCUAGAAGCCAGACUGAGAGAGACUGAGAAAAUACGUGCACUGGAACCAGAAGGCAGCUUGAAAAUGGACUUGGUUCUUGUGAAGGCAGACGCUGCUCUGCGCAGCAUCGGUGAGGAUAAGAAGCACGAGGUGCUCUCUAAGCUGAAGGACAUUAAAGCCUUGUGGGAAGAGACAGCCAUAUACAUUACUCACUGUCACAGCCGCAUUGAGUGGGUCUGGCUGCACUGGAGCGAGUACCUGAAAGCCCAGGAUGAGUUCUACGCAUGGAUUCACAACAUGAGGGUGACCUUGGAGCCGGACAUUGAGUUGCAGCUUGGCUUAAAAGAGAAGCAGUGGCAGCUGAGCCAUGCUCAGGUUUUGCAGAAUGAUGUCCUAAAUCAGUCAGUCCUGCUGGAAAGGCUGCUGGAGGAAGCUGCUUCGUUGUUCAGCAGGAUAGGUGACCCCAGUGUUGAUGAGGAUGCUCAGAAGAAAAUGAGGGUGGAAUAUGAAGGAAUCAGACAAGAAGCUCAGAACAGAGUGAAACUGCUUGAAACCAUAACCAAGGAACAUGAGCAGUACAGCACCAAUGUCAACCAGUUUCAAUCGUGGCUGAAUGGUGUCACAGAGAGAUUAAACUGCUGCAUUGGAGAAGCAACCAAGUCUUCAGCAGAGGACAAGCUAAAGGCACUGAAGGAAAUUGCCAAAGAUAUUAGGAGUGGUGGGAAAAAAUGGAAGCACCUUGAAAAUCAGUGUGCAGAGGUGAUUCAGAAUACCUCUCCACUUGGAUCUACGAGACUGAAGGAUGAACUUGAAGAGCUAAGAAAAGCCUUGGAGAAAUUGAAACUUCUGAGUAAUCAGGAGGAGGAGAGAUUGCUCAAGAUCCAACAGUCUGAAAGUGCCUAUGAGUCCCAAGCCAGACAAUUAGAGGCAGACAUCCAGAAGCUGAGAAAAGAUCUACAGAGACUAGAAAAUGAUCUGGACCCUGGGGAAGGGGAAAAGACUGAAGAUGAGUUUGUAACUCUUUGGAAAAAAUGCAAUGCAACAAGAGCAGCUCUGGCUGCAGAAGAGUCAAAGAUUGAGAGGCUGAAGGCUCAGCUUAAGGAACUGCUACGGUUUUCCCAAGAUGUGCAGCCGCACGCUGAGAGUGUUGUCUCUGCAAUACACCAGUAUCAAAGUGUUAGAGGCAAGACUUCUAAAAUGAGCACUGAUACAGAAACCCAACUGAGGAGACUCAUCCAAAAUCCCCUGCAAAGUUUUGAACAGUGGAAGCCAUCGGUCCAGAUGCUCCUGGAGACUCCAGAGCCAGAACUGGCUCACAUUGAGGCUGCUUUAGCUGAAAGCUCCCAGUUCAAAGAGAAGUUGAUGACAGUACAGCUAAAGAAAGAUUUGUUAAACAAUGUCCUUGGUGAGGAAAAAGCAGAGUCUUUCCUUCAAGAAGUUGCUGAAGCUUCAAAGGAGAGAGAAAUUCUACACAAAAGUCUGCUGCAAAGCAAGAGCAAACUCCAGAAUUUGAUAUUGCAACAUAAGAACUUUGAUGCUGGUUUCGCACCAUUGCAGAAGAAAUUAUCUGCCAUCAAAGCCAAAUUAGAUCUGGAGAAGGAGCCACGGCCUGACCUCUUGGGGAAAAAGACACAACUCCAGAGACUCCAGAUGAUCCAAGAUGACUUGGCAGAGCUUGCAGUUCACAUGGAGGAGGUAGAGAAGCUUGUUCAGUCAAAUACCACGCACAGGCAUGAAAUGAACCAACUUUCAUCUGACUUUCAGGCCCUGAAGAGAUCACUGGAGAUGAUGGUACAGCAGAGUGAAGACCACGUUCAGAAGCAUUGGGCAUAUAAUGACAAACUGUCUGACCUCCAGCAGUGGAUCUCAGUAACCAGGGAGAAGAUUGACUCCUGCCAGGAUGCUGGUGGAGAGCAGAACAUGGAGGGCAGGCUGGAAGACCUGGAGAGAUUGCUAGCUGAGUUUCCAGAUAAGGAGAUCCAGCUGCACCUUGUAGAAGCUCAUGGCCAGUUGGUCAUGGAGAAUUCUUCUGCAGAGGAGACUGCCCAUGUCCAGGCAGAGCUGGAUCAGCUGAAGGAGUCAUGGAAAUCACUGAAGGAGAUGGCAACUGGCCUCCUCAAAAAGUGGCAGUCAGGUAGACCAGUGGGUGACAAGAAGAAGAAAAGAGCAUUCGUGGACAGCAGAUGGAUGUCUAGACCUGCUUUCCACCUUUUUGAUGCUGAUCCCAACCACAAGCAGGAGAAGAUGGGAGAAGAGCAAAGUACAAGCAGCCACUCGAAGCUCCUACAUGACUUUGAAGAGUGGCUACGAGGAGAAAACACCAAACUGACCAAAAUUCUUGCUGGGACUCCAUUGUCCACAGAGGAAAUUAAGGCACACCAGAGCAAACUUGAGGAGCUGCAGUCUCGUGUGCCUCAUGGUCAGCAGCUCUUUGAGGACCUCCUUUAUCUUCAUCCUGUGGUUGGAAAUGCUGAAGACCUGGAGGACCUGCGAUACCGAUGGAUGCUCUACAAAUCUAAGCUGAGAGAGUCCCUGAGUUCACCUGAGAGUGCUGGAUCUUUGGAGGAACCAGACAGACUCAGAAAGAAGCGCUCUGGAGGCGUGUGCUCGUACCUGCAUCGCGUGUGCCGGGCAGCGCUGCCGCUGCAGCUGCUGCUCCUGCUGCUCCUGCUCCUGGCCUUCCUCCUGCCCCUGGCAGAAGAGACCCACAGCUGCACGCUGGCCAACAACUUCGCUCGCUCCUUCAAGCUGAUGCUGAGAUACGAGGGCCCACCUCCAACAUAAGCUCUUGGCAUGGCACGAGGUGACGGGCAGAAGUGCAGGCUCCUUGUUUUUAAUUGCAACUGUUGUAGAUUUUAGGGUUUUUAACAUGGCCAUCAUGCCAACUGGAUAGAUCACAUAACUGCAACAUAUGAUUAACCCAUUUUAAUCAGGUAUUUGAGCAAAAUUAAUAUUUUUACAAAUUUUUUAUUGUUGUAUUUAUAAUAUGUAUAUAGAGAUUGUGUAUGUGUAUGUAUGUACAUAUAUAUAUGUAUAAAUGCGUAUCUGUAAUCAAACUAACAGCCACCAUCCACUCAUCCGCUGUUUAAGGAUAGUUCUGCAAUGUUUCUGCCAUCUUUCAGCAAGCAAUACUGAAGGGUGGUGUUGUGGGAUUUUUCCCAUCAAGUUCUUGUUUACAACACAAGUCAGAGCAAGUAUGAGAACAUGUCCUCAUGCACCAGAGUGUAAACUGGAGAGCAGGCUUGGUAGAAUCAUGUUUGAAUAGAGUGGUUGGCAUUCAGCCCAAGGAAGAUUUGGACUAUUCUCUUUGAAAUCUUGAGCUGUUUUUUCACUAUCUGGAUACAGGGAUUGCAGAAGCUAAUAGAAAUGUUUCUACUGAGUUCAGUAGGAGUGGGAGUGCACCUCCUCUUGUUCUUAUUUUUUACCAGAUUUCUUUUCCAAUUACUGUAUUUUCCAGCCCACCUGAAUCAGGAGAGGUGGAAUACAGUGGGAAGAAAGCUAGAAAAAAAAAAGAAUAUAUUUUUUUAGCAUCUCUCCAGCAGGAGAACUUUUAAAAUCAGGACAUAAUUUUAUGAACAAAUUUUUGAGCACUGAACAAAACCUUGUAUCACCAAUCUCGUCUAUUAAAAAAGAAUGGGUUUUUGUUAGGUUUUUUGUGUUUGUGGGGUUUUGUGGUUUGAUUUGUUGGGUUUUUUACCUUAUAAAGAGGCAUUUGGUAACGGAUUAUAAAGCCUAAACAGUGGGAUGCAGCCUGGUUCAGUGUCACUAAAGCAAAAGUUGGAAAUACUUUAAUAAUACCACCCUGGGAAAAAAGAUUCCUACCUAGUAUUCUUUUGUAUUAAUGGUUUAUGAAAUUGUGUAAACUGAUUGUAUCAAAGACAGUCAAGCAUACAUUUCUAUGUAAUCUAAACUCUAAAAUUACUGUCAUUUAUUUACCUAAACCUAUGCCUGAUUUAUCAAAUUUCUGAAUGUACAUUUUAACAUUGCCUUUUAAUGUAAAAACAAUUCUCACUUCAGAGUGAUGAAGCCAUUCUUAGAGGUGUUUUACCUAAUUGAUUUCUGAGAGAAAAGGUAUUUUCUAAAAAUGUAUGCUGUAUCUGAGAGCUAUCCCUUAUUGUCUCAUGGUUUUAGCCACAGUAGUAGUCACACACACACAAAAAAAAAUUAACAGAAGAAACAGUUACUUUCCCUCUCCUGGCUAUGUUGCAGGAGGAAUUUCUCUUCUGCAUAUCAGUAUGGAAUCCUUGAUGUUGUUUUCUGCUUAAGGUCUAAAAUAAUAUCAUAGCUGACAGUCACAGAAGGAAGGCACUUAUUUAACAAAAUCAUUAAAAUUCUGUUAAAGAAGCAAAUGUGUAGAAUCAGGAGGCAUAACAGCACGGAGCUCAGUUUAGGAUUAGGAAAGCAGGCAGUGUGGAAGAGGAGCAGCUAGACAUAGAGAGGUGUCCAUCAAUUUGUAAAGCCCUAGAAAAGGGGUCACAAUUAAUACAGAGAACAAGAGUACAGGCUCUACAGAGGAAAAACUUCUCAGAAUCUUUUUGGUUCCCCCUCCCUGCUGCAGUAUUGGUACUACUGCAUAUUAUACAGCUUUUCUUCGUUUUCAAGGAUUAAAAUGAGGUGAGUAAUAGGGCAUCUACCAGUGUUCUGAAGAGACUCUUCCACCACCAGGAAUCUUCACUGUGUUCCUAAUAAUGUUUCUGACUAUACUGGGAUUGCUAGUGUUGGAUUAAAAUACUAAAAGUCUACCAAAAGUGUAAAGAAGAGUGGAAAUUAAAGGAGAGACAGCAGGGGUGAUGAAGUAUCAGCCAAAGUGCAAGGGGAGCAUGGAGCAGGAGCUGAGCUGAUGUGGGUUAAAAACCUGACUGUCAGGAGAAAGCAGAAGAGCUUUCAGAGCAGGCAGAAGGCACUGGAAGCUGAAAGGUGAGGAGAGUGGAGGUGCUGAUCAAUAAGAGAUUCACUUGAGGAAGCAAAGGAAGGCCUGUGAUUUCUUUCAUGAGGGAGCCAGAUGGAGAGGAGAUAGAGUUUGUUAGAGAAUGAGGCAUGUUAAUUCCUUCUUUGCAACAAUUCUUUCGGGUGGCAGAGGACAUUCCUCCUCCUCUCCUGAUCAGCUGUGCAAGUGCACAUUCCUCUAAGAAUUGCUGCCAGCCCUGGGGGAAGAAACCCCACACGAGGAGUUAAUCAUCACACACAUCUCCAUGUCAAAUUAAGUCUCCCUUUAGAAAAGAAAUAAUGGGGGAAGAGGAGCAGAAACAAAACCUGAUCUUUGUGGUUGUGGAUGUGUGCAGGUGUGCACACACCUUUCUGUGACAUUGCAAUUCUCUGGGUUUUCCUGAGCUGUUCCAGGUGAUGAAUGUAAAAUGCCACUGAGAAAGUAAAAAUAACGAGGAAUAAUAAAGCUGCAAAUAGAAAUCAGUAGGGAGAUAGAAAAGUUUUUUCCUGCAGAAGCACAGAAUCUCAUAACAGAUUUCUUUCUGCCAAACCUUUCUGAUCUGGGUGAUUUGUAUGGGCUCACAAAUGCAUUUGACACCAUGGGAGUGUGUACCAGGGAGGAAAAUAUUCUGCACAGAGGAUCUUACAAGAACAACUGCAUCAUCACCUUGAUGUUUCACUGUUGUGGCAGGUUUGGGAAAAAAACCCAAACAAC